AUGUCACAAAGCACAUGCUGACCAUAAAUUUCGUCCAUAUAUUAUCAAGUCUCUGCCAUCGAAGCGGUUCAAUUUGUGGAUCUCGUCUGAAUCUUGCAACUAGAUCUUGCUUCUACAAUGGCGGAGGUGAAGUUGAUCGGAGCGAAAUACAGCCCAUUCUGCUUCAGGCUGGAAUUGGCACUGAAGCUUAAAGGGAUACACGAGUACGAGUACCUUGAACAAGAUCUUAUCAACAAGGGCCCCAUCCUUCUCCAUUACAAUCCCGUGCACAAGAAAGUCCCCGUGCUCGUCCAUGGCGAAAACCCAAUCAUUGAAUCGCUCGCAAUCCUCGAAUACAUCGAUGAGACGUGGCCUUCAGCCCCUUCCUUGCUCCCCAAGCAUCCUUAUCCAAGAUCCCAAGCUCGAUUCUGGGCCAAAUUCGCCGACGAAAAGUGCGCGGCUGGAGCAUGGGAUACUUACUGGCGGCUGAAAGGAGAAAAGAAGGACAAGGCCAUAGAAGUUGCAAUUGAAAGGUUUGAGCAUCUUGAGAAGCUGAUUCAGGGCAAGAAAUUCUUCGGCACUGGAGGCGAUGACGAAGAAGAAGGAAGGGAGGAGAGGAUUGGGUAUUUGGAUUUGGUGUUGGGCUGGAUCCCUCUUUGGGUUGAGGUAAUGGAAGAAAUUGGGGAGAUGAAGCUGCUUGACCCUCAGAAGUUCCCAGGUCUGUGCCGAUGGGGUCGCGAAUUCGUCGAGGUCCCGGUGAUCAAGGAAUGCCUUCCGUCCAGGGAAACACUGGUUCAGUACUUCACCAUCGCCACUCCCAUGAUGCGCGCUCAUUUCACUUAGUGAAGCCACAGUAAAAGAGCACCAUCAGCAGCUGCUGUAUCUUGUAAUGUAAUUCCUCUGUAUCCAAGUUUCCUUCAUAACGAGUUUACUUGUUCUAGCACUACUAUUCUAUUGAUGCAUUAAAGGGCAGCAUGUGUGAAUCAAUGUCUGAAGCAUUCAGUUGGUAUAACAACACGGUAGCAUCCGCACCAGAAACGAUUGCCACCAGAAGAAGAAAGGAUCAUCCUUUAUGGUUGGUUCUCUAUCCUGUUCCUUACCAGCACCGCCGUCCCAAUCUCGAGAGGGUUAAACGGGCCGAGUUGGAUUCAGAUUCGCUGCUAGUUACGCUGGCAGAACCUCGCACCACACGAACAUUCAACAUACUAACAAUAAAAGCAAUGAAUAUGAUCCCAUAAUAAGAGUUAUGUAACGGGUUAUUAAAGUAUGACGACUAUUCCACAAAAUCACAACAUAUCUCAUGGAGGGCAAAACUAAAACCCCUCUCCUCGG